AUGACGAGCUACGCAGGCAUUUUCGACUUGCCAGUGGACAUGUUUGACGACCUCAUGUCUGGCCUGGACUACGAGUCCCUCCUUACCUUCCGCCAGACAUGUCGCUCAGCAGCGACACUCGUGCCCUUGGCCCGGAUCGUGGAGAUUCGACAGGCUCUCCGAGCCAGACUCGUUGCCGAAGAACACGCCGAACACCAACGUCGGCAAGUGGCGUAUAGGAACCAACGUCGGUGGGCGGGCGUGUUUCCCCAGACCGUCCAGGCAGCUCCGCCCCCGCAAAGCCCGGGCAUCGCCGGCACCAACGCGCCGACGAACUCGCUCAACAACAUUCACCGCAACCGCAUAAUGAGAGCGGAGCGGUUGAACUGCUACGCCUGCCUGAAGUGUCUGCCACGAGAGUGCUUCGUGAAGGGACAGGUCACGGGAAGGAGGAGUCUCGGGCACGGCGAAGGCGAUCGACGGUUCUGCAAGGCGUGUGGCGUCAAGAAGGGGAUCUGGGACAAAGGCAGCGUGAUCAAGGACGGGAGACGUACCUGGGUCGUCUGCAGGUGGUGCAACUCCCUGGGGAGAGUCGAGGCUGGAUCGAAAGAGGCCGGGGUUUGUUCGGCGUGCCUAUCCGUGGACCAAGAGCGCUCGCUCGACACUGAGCAUCAGGCCGCCGCCACCGCUGACCACCAGCCAAGCUCGUCACAGCUUCCGGUGCAGCAUCCUGCAUUCACACUGCCCGGCAGCCGAGCCACUCGGUGUCUCCGCUGCUGGGCCAUCAACCACACCGAAGUGCCUGUCCAGUCGACGGGUUCUCAUCUCUGCCAGUCGUGCAAGGCUGCUGUCGGCUUGUCAUAG